UGGGAGAAGCGACAAAGCAGCAGCAGGAGUUGAAGACCGUGCUUUGGAUUUGGAAUUCGAUGUUUUAACGUUUUGGUUGUUCCCCAUCUCAUCGCCUGCUCCAUUGGUCCGACCACCUUCCGAUUCAUUCUCCGACUCUGCAAAGUGCAAACUGCUUAGCAUGAUGCCAUGAUCCCCGAUCCCCAAAGCGAAAAAAUGGCAACUAGCUCAGGUACCACCACUCUUGUCCUGUCUUCUUCUUAUUCCUCCUAUUGUCUUGUCGUCUCGGUGACAAGGGAAGGGAGAGUACAACAGAAGAGAUUCCCCUGCUCCUGCUUAUCCGCGAUGUUUGUCAGACUGUUUACGGUUCUGAUUCUUCUGUCUUCCUCUGUUUCUGCUGCCGCAGCUGCCUGCAACCCCCUCGAUCGUGACUCUCUCCUCUCCUUCUCCCAAAACGUUUCUUCCGCUUCCUCUCCUCUCAACUGGAGUUAUUCCCCCGAUUGCUGCGACUGGGAAGGGAUAUCUUGCAAGGCUACCGACGACAAAGGUGAUCUUCGGGUCACCCAUCUUUUGUUACCCUCCAGAGCCCUCGCCGGCACCAUCUCCCCAUCUAUCACGAACCUUAGCUGUCUCACCCACCUCAAUCUUUCCCGCAAUAGCCUCACCGGUUCUGUUCCUUCCGGAUUGUUCUCAUCCCUGAUUCAGCUCCGUAUCCUUGAUUUGAGCUAUAACCGUCUGUCCGGCGAAUUCCCAUCAUCCUCCUCGUCCUUCAGCAGUGGUGCCUUCCAGGUUUUGGAUUUAUCUAGCAAUCGGUUCUAUGGGGCAAUCCCGUCUGCAUUUUUCAACCUGGCGGAUACUUUGACAAGUUUCAACGUGAGUAACAACAGCUUCACGGGCUCUAUUCCCACCUCUACCUUCAGUGAUGGUAACUCUUCAAGCAACUCGAUCACGUUCUUGGAUUUCUCCUCCAAUCAAUUCAGUGGUCAAAUUGUCCGUGGGCUUGGAUUAUGUUCCAAGCUGGAGAUUUUCCGAGCCGGUUACAACGAUCUCUGGGGACCCCUUCCACCUGACAUUUACGAUGCUGCGGCACUCAAAGAAAUCUCGAUACCUGCUAAUAAUCUCUCCGGAACUAUUGGCGAUGGUAUCCUCCGCCUCACUAACCUUACAACCCUCGAACUAUACUCUAACCAAUUGCAAGGCCCCAUACCCAGGGAUAUUGGCAAGCUCUCCAACAUGGAACAUCUGCUUCUUCACAUCAACAAGCUUACUGGUUCUCUGCCCCCAUCUCUUUCGGAUUGCAUCAAUCUCACCACAUUGAAUUUACGGGUGAACCAAUUGGGGGGAGAUCUCGCUGCCUUCGACUUCUCCCCACUUGUCCGCCUCAAUACCCUUGACCUUGGCGAAAACCAGUUCACCGGUAACCUCCCUCCAAGCCUUUACUCUUGCAGGUCAUUAAAAGCUGUUAGAAUGGCCACUAAUAACCUCACAGGGCAGAUACUGCCCGACAUAGUUGCGCUGCAAUCUCUCGUUUUCCUCUCUGUUUCUAACAACACGCUGACAAACUUCACCGGGGCAAUCAGGAAUCUGAUGGCGUGCAAGAACCUCAGUACUCUUGUAGUCUCCAAAAAUUUCUAUGGUGAACCAAUGCCAGGUGAUGACAACACAUUGGAUCCAGAGGGAUUCCAAAAUAUCCAAAUUUUAGCUUUGGGUGGUUGCGGUUUCUCUGGUGAAGUGCCCAACUGGCUUGCUAAGCUUAAGAAACUUCAGGUCUUGGACUUGUCUGUUAAUAGGCUCGGAGGUUCAGUUCCUGCUUGGUUGGGUAGUCUGCCUAUGCUUUUCUACAUAGACUUGUCUGCUAACCUCCUCACUGGAGAAUUUCCCGUGGAGCUCUGCCAACUGCCAGCGCUUUUGUCACAACAGGAUUAUGAAAACGGUCAAAUGGGCCAGACUCAUCUGGAAUUGCCAGUCUUUGUUAUGCCCAAUAAUGCUAGCAAGCAACAGUACAAUCAGCUGUCCAGCCUUCCUCCAGCUAUAUACCUGAAUAACAACAGCCUUAGUGGCAAUAUCCCUUCUCAGAUUGGGCAAUUGAAGGUUCUUCAUUUGUUGAAUCUCAAUGACAAUAACUUCUCUGGCAAUAUUCCAGAUCAAGUUUCUAACCUCAAAAACUUGGAGAAGUUGGAUCUCUCCUCAAACCACCUAUCUGGCCCAAUCCCUGCUUCACUUAAAGGUCUAAAUUUCUUAUCUUGGUUCAGUGUUGCAAACAAUGAUCUUCAAGGACCAAUACCGGUGGGAAGUCAGUUUGACACUUUUCCCGCUUCCAGUUUUGCCGGGAAUCCACGGUUGUGUGGCACAAUCCUGCAGCGCUCUUGCCAUAGUUCACAAGGAGUUGAAACUCAUAAAGGCUCGAACAAAAGGCUUAUUAUUGGAGUCCUCAUGAUCUUUUUGGGAACUGGUAUUAUUGUCACCGUGCUAGCAAUGUGGAUAUUGUCUAAGAGGAGGGUAAUUCCAAGAGCGGACACUGACAAGAUUGAUUCUGAGUCAAUUUCUAGCAACUCCAAUCCACUGGUUCCUCUUGGGGUUGACAAGGAUACCAGCAUGGUAGUAUUGUUCCCAAACAAUGCUAACGGAAUCAAGGAUCUCACUAUAUCUGAAAUCUUGAAAGCCACAGAAAAUUUUAGUCAGGCUAACAUCAUAGGCUGUGGGGGUUUUGGUUUGGUUUAUAAGGCAACAUUGACAAAUGGCAGCAAGUUGGCUAUUAAAAAACUCUCAGGAGAUUUGGGACUGAUGGAAAGGGAAUUCAAAGCAGAGGUAGAGGCUCUGUCCACAGCCCAACACAAGAACCUGGUUGCCUUGCAAGGUUAUAGCAUGCAUGAGGGCUCUCGGCUACUAAUGUAUUCCUACAUGGAGAAUGGAAGUCUGGAUUACUGGUUGCAUGAGAAGGUCGAUGGUGCAUCUCAACUAGAUUGGCCAACUCGACUGAAAAUUGCACAGGGAGCGAGCUACGGGGUGGCUUACAUGCACCAGAUAUGCGAGCCACACAUUGUGCAUCGUGACAUCAAGUCCAGCAACAUCCUCCUUGAUGACAAGUUUGAAGCACAUGUUGCAGAUUUCGGAUUGUCCCGAUUGAUUAAUCCUUAUCAGACUCAUGUUACAACUGAGCUUGUUGGUACCUUGGGGUACAUUCCCCCUGAGUACGGGCAAUCAUGGGCAGCCACUUUGAGGGGAGACAUGUACAGUUUUGGGGUUGUUAUGCUUGAGCUACUCACUGGGAAGAGGCCUAUGGAGGUAUUCAAACCGAAGAUGUCCAGGGAGUUGGUUGUCUGGGUGCAGCAACUGAGAAGUGAAGGCAAACAAGACCAAAUCUUCGACCCUCUCCUUAUAGGGAAGGGCUUUGAUGAGGAGAUGCUGCAGGUCCUUGAUGUGGCCUGCAUGUGCAUCAGCCAGAAUCCUUUCAAGAGACCAACCAUCCAGGAAGUUGUCGAUUGGCUGAAGAAUGUAGGUGCAACACCCCUAGACCAGAAUAAGGAGUAGUGUACAAUUCCCUUCAACACAACUUUUGAAAAGAUAUGUAUACAUGUAACAAAAUUGCAUCUAUUAAUGCAGACCUUUCAAACAUCUUUUGUCCCAUUAUGUUGCUUUGAAGAUGAGAUUAAGUGAUUUAGUCCUUAGGAACCUCUAACUAGGGAUCAAUGACCUAUGUUAUAAAGGUAAUCACUUGCCUCUCUGGUUGUAUCUAAAUGUAGAGUUCUACUGCUUUGCUCAUAGCCUGUCAUGUAAAUAAUUGUUUUAGAACAAAUUCUGAUACCUCAAUUGGACUAAAAAUGAUAAAAGGUCUCUGAGGUUGCUCAUA